AUGAAACGCUCAGCAUCGCGGAAUCCAUUCUUGCAGACAUCGCUGCCAAAGACGAUCGCCAUCCAUACCACCGAUCUUGCGCCGCCUAUGGUGGCCAUCUACAAUAUGCUCGCAGGACAGAAGGCCUGGCCAUCCCAAGCAAAAGUGAUGAAUUGCCGAAAGCUCGACUUUGCUCACUCGACGUUUACACACUCUUUCUUUUCGUUUGGACUGCCGAUCAUGGCGGACCCCGUCGCUGCUGCAAAGGAAAUGUAUCGCACGCUGAAGCCUGGAGGGACUGCUAUCACUGCGUUCUGGUUGAGAAUACCGCAGGGCGAGUCUGCCGGAGAGACGCGUCGUCGGAUCUGGGGACCGGAUGCCCCGCCUGCUAUUGAGCCGCAUCCGAGGCACAAAGAUGCAGCUUUUAAUCAUGAGCUUUUAGUGCAAGGCGGCUUCAAGUCUGCGGACGCGCAGCUGUAUGAGAAAUCGGCUGUUCUUCCGGUGGACGACCUGGACGAGUUUGCGUGUGCCAUCUGGUCUGCUAUUGGAGAGCUUGCUGGAGGCUGGACACAGGAUGAUGAAGUCCGCUGGGAAGAGGCUAUCGCUAUAUAUAAGGAGGUUCUGAGUCAAAAGAAAGGAUUUCACGUUGACAGGGAUGGAAAUGUUUCCUUUGAGGCUGUUGCCCAGAUUGCGAUUGUGAAGAAGGAAGCCUUCUGGAUGCGAUCUUCACGUGAGCUAGAAUGGCUGUCACGAAGUCGAAAGUACACCUCCACCCACACAGCUUAUCGGGUUCUUACUCCUCUUCCUCUCUAG